CCAAUGGCCUCGCGGCUCCGGCUCGGCCAGCCCGUCCCGAACCCAGCCUCCACCCUCGACCCCGAGGAGGCGAACGAGGGUGAGGGAGGAGAAGCGAGGAAGCCGGAGCCAAAGCCGCCGGAGGUGACGAACCUGGGCGGCGGGAGCGAGGUGCUGCACUUCCCGCGGUUCAUGGCGCGGGAGGCGGCGUGGGAGGUGUUCGAGGAGCUGGACAAGCGCAUCCCGUGGACGCGCCCCACCAUCCGCGUCUUCGGCCGCUCCUCCGUCCAGCCCAGAGAUACAUGCUAUGUUGCGGAUGAAGGGCUAACAGAUCUCAAGUACAGCGGUCACCAGCCUCGUGCUCAUUCUUGGGAUGAAUUCCCUGUGCUCAAGGAUGUUUUGAAAGCGGUCCAUGAAGCCCUCCCGGGAAGCUAUUUUAACAGCCUGCUCCUGAACAGAUACAAGGCCGGUUCGGACUACGUGUCAUGGCACGCCGACGAUGAGCCGCUCUAUGGACCUACUCCUGAGAUAGCGUCGGUCACGUUCGGAUGCGAGCGUGAGUUCUUGCUGAGAAAGAAGCCUACCAAAACACAAGCAGUUGCUGCUGGAUCUGGAGAAUCGGUCCGGAAGAGGCUAAAGAUCGACGACCCUCAGCAGCAUUCUUUCCUCCUGAAGCAUGGCUCGCUGCUCGUGAUGAGAGGCUACACCCAGCGCGACUGGCAGCACUCGGUGCCGAAGCGUGCCAAAGCGGCCUCGACAAGGAUCAACCUCACUUUUCGGCACGUGCUAUCAUGAAAAACAUGAACGCUCAAGUAAUUGGAGGUUAGAAUCAUGUUGUUUGGCGCCACAUGAUUUUCAAGCAAGCAUCCCUAGAAUAGAGAAAAUACCCUUGAUCUGGGGCAGCAGAUGUAGAAUCAGGAAGUUGUCGACGAGUUCCUUAAUCAGGAGAUGCCAAUGGCAGACAAAAUGCUCGGUUCACCCCAUCCGAUGUUCCCCCAUCAAGUAAUUGGAGGUAUCCUGUAGUGUGAGGUGUUGCAGUGGCCAUGCAAGUACGUGGGUUUGCCUUUGGGUCUGACCAGGCAUUUGCACGAUAAAGAGAUUGUGCUUGUAUCACGUUCUACAUAUAUCAGCCUGUGUAUGUGUGUGCUAAACUUUGCCACCUGCUAAACAUGUGAAACAUUCAGCAUUUUUUGUAA